AUGAAGUCGAAAACACUUUUUUCGUUAAUAAUAUAUGCGAGCUUUAUGGUAACUACAAUCGAGACGGCAGAAUACAACGAAGAACCUACGGCGCCAACAGAGGAACCAACUACUACACCUUUUCCAUCUUGUCUCAAUCCUAUUGUUAAUCCAGUAAAAGACAAUUUGCUUAAUAUCUUAUUUUUAAUUAACUAUACUAGUGUACCCCCUAGUUUUAAAAAAUGUUAUCCAGGAACUAAAGGAAGUUCGGGAAGUGCGAGAAGUACAAUAGGGUUCCGUUAAACGCUUAAGCGAGGGUCUAAGAUACAGUGAAAGAGAAAGAGUAUCUCAAUAGCACCUUUAAUAAAAAACAAGCAGAAAUAACAUCUAAAAACCCGAAGCC